AGAGAGAGAGGGGGGGAGGGAGGACGGACGGAAGGAAGGAACUGGCGGCAUCACUCAGUCCCCGGAGCGGCUCGGGGCGGCGCCUGCCCCCCCACCAACGGACGCGGGAACCCGCCAGCCCCCACCCGGUGACCGAGGUCUAGGCCGACAUGCCAGCUGGACUGGUCACCGCCUGGCUGCUGGCGAGUGCCCUGCUGAGCGAGCCCCCGCCGCAGUGCCCUGGCCCGGGGCGGAUGGAGGAGCGGGCAGCCCAGCUGCAGGCACAGAUGCGGCGGUUGGAGCGGGAGCUAGCGGAGGCGGCGAUGGCUUCUGGCAAGGAUCAACAGGAGGAGGAGAAGGGGGACUGGAGGCGGUGGAGCGCACUGCCUCUGGCUGGCCUACUGUUGCUCCUGCUGGUACUGUGGGCCUGUCCCUGGGCUGUGAGGCUGGCGGGUGGAGUGGGGAGCGUCCCACAGGCCCCCCCGGCCCCGCUGCCCGACCCCCAGGCUCUGGCCUGCUUCUACGAGCGCAGCGUGAGGCUGCCGGCUGACGAGGUGUCCAGGAUCCGCGAGCUGGUGGAGGGCUUUGCCGAUGACCUGCUGGAAGCCGUGCGGAGUGUGUGUGACCGGGAGCUCGACAUGGAGCUGGAGGAGAGCAUUGGCGUCGGCAGCCUGUACGAGAACUGGAGGCUGGACAGGCCGCUGGCUUGUGACCUGCUGGUGCCCUUCAGCCCGCCUGAACCUUACCGCUUCCAGGCCGACCUCCUGCCUCCGGACAGCCACAGGCCCGAGUGCCGGGCUUAUGGGACUAUCCGAGUUCUAGGCCCGGGGCCCGGCGCCUGCCUGUGCGGGGACACACAGCAGGCCCGGGACAUGCUGUGUCUGGUGCACGGCCAGCAAGAGCUGGUCUGCUGCCCCGACCUGUUGUGGGCCCCCACCGCACCCUUCCUGUCGUGGAGCUCGGUCAUGCGCUGGUUCCAGGUCACCCUGACCAAGGCCUGGGCCCGCAUCUCCCACAAGUACGACUUUGAGCUGUGCUUCCAGGAUCUGGAGUGCCCGGGAUCCCUUCGGAUCCGAUUCAGCCCAAGCAGGGCCGUGCUCUUCCACCUCUGCCCGGUCGUGCAGUUCGAUGGCUCCGACAUGUACCUGAUCCCAGGUCAAGGCCUACCCAGGCCCGAGUGGGAUACAGGCCGGGGCCUACUCGGGCCUGACCAGGACACAGCCUGGGCCCUCAGCUCUGCCGUCUACGAGAAGCGUUUCCUGGCCUGGGCAGCCAAGCGGUUACCCUCUGGCCCAUGCCACCUGGCCUGCCUGCAGGUCGUCGCCUUCCUGCACCAGAAGCAGUGCCGGCUGAGCGGGCCGAGCGGCCUGUGCCACUACCACCUGAAGACAGCCCUGCUGCACCUGCUGGCCCGCCUGCCCCCAGAGGCCUGGCACCGCUCCUGCUUGCGGGCCCGGCUCCACGACCUGCUGGCCUUCCUGCAGCGAGCCGUGCAGGAUGGCCGCCUCGACCACUUCAUCCUGGGCAGCAGGCCGGCCCUGCCCGAGCUAGGCGUCCCGACCUGCCUGCGUUCAGCCCAGCCUCCCAACCUACUGGCGGGGCUGGCGGCCCACAGCCAGCUGUUGCGCCGGGCCCUGCACACGCUGGCAGAGAUGCGGAGGAACGCGGCAGCCCUGGUCCGUGAGUAUGGCCCGCACGACCCCCAGGUCCCCUGAGCCACCAGCUAGGCCACCCGGGUAGGCUGGGGCCUCCACUCGCAGUCUGGACUGGGAGCAGGAGUAGGCCAUUCAGCCUCUCGAGUUGCCAGCCUUCUACCUCAGCACUAUCCCUGUGCCUCCUCCCUGUGGGGCCUGGGACCAGACAGUCCACUCUGACCAAGGAUCAUUGCCCACUGCCCAUCACUGACCAAUCCCUUCGGCCAUGGGCCUUGGGGAGUCUGGUCAAUGCAGGGUGCAGGCCGGCCAGCACCUUCUGGGGUCUGCAGCUGUGGCCAAUCCAGAUUUUCAAACAGAAUCUAUUUUGUAUUAAAUGCACAUUUUAUUAUUCAAUAAGAAUAAAUGUCACUACUGAUCUGA